GGAAAUCAACGAAAACGGCCUUCCGUUUGGGAUCCGCCCUGAAAACGACGUCGUAGUGUGGAAGACGUGUCUCCAUCUUCCUCUACUUCUGAGCACAAACAGAAGAAACAGUUCACCAAGACGCAGUUUCGAGGAAGAAAUCGAGGUCAGGGGCGAGCCAUGACGAAGAAGGCGCCUUCCUUCUCCAUUCGUCACGUCUUCUGGUUCGGAUGGAAGCUCGUGAUCCUCGUCUCUGUUGCCCUCUGUGUUCUGGCUCUUCUCCGCCUACAAUCCAAUUCCGAACUCUCCUCGAUCUCGUUGCCGCCUCAGGGGCCUCGGUUUUAUCGUGUGAGCGUCUACCAAGGCAAUCCGAAGAUCGCGUUUCUUUUUCUCGUGCGUCGGAGUCUGCCUCUUGAUUUUCUGUGGGGGAGUUUCUUCGAGAACGCGGAUGCGGCGAAUUUUUCGAUUUAUAUUCAUUCGCAGCCUGGGUUUGUGUUUGAUGAAACGACGUCGCGGUCGCGUUUUUUUUACAAUCGGCAAUUGAGCAAUAGCAUUCAGGUGGCAUGGGGAGAGUCUAGUAUGAUUCAGGCAGAGAGAUUGUUAUUUGAAGCAGCUCUUGAGGAUCCAGCAAAUCAGAGAUUUGUUCUCCUCUCUGACAGCUGUGUUCCUUUAUAUAACUUUAGCUACAUAUACAACUAUAUGAUGGCUUCUCCAAGGAGUUACGUUGACAGCUUUCUUGAUGUGAAGGAAGGCCGCUACAACCCAAAAAUGUCACCCGUUAUACCAAAGGCCAAAUGGCGAAAAGGAUCCCAGUGGAUCAGUUUAGUUCGAAGCCAUGCAGAAGUUAUUGUGGAUGAUCAGGUUAUCUUCUCGGUGUUUAAGAAAUUCUGCAAGCGCCGCCCUCCAAUUGAUGCUAGAAAGGGAAAGCAGAAUAUUAAACUUCAGAAGCAGCACAACUGUAUCCCUGAUGAACACUAUGUGCAGACAUUACUUGCAAUGAGUGAGCUGGAAAGUGAACUUGAACGAAGAACAUUGACCUACACGGAAUGGAACUUGUCAGUGACAAAAAUGGAAAGGGAAGGAUGGCAUCCUAUUACCUUCAGCUAUGCAAAUGCAGGUCCUCAACGAAUUAAAGAAAUAAAGGAUGUCAACCAUGUCUACUAUGAGACUGAGUUCAGGACAGAGUGGUGUCGAGCCAAUUCCACAUCCGUUCCAUGUUUCUUAUUCGCAAGGAAGUUCUCUCGAGGAGCUGCUAUGCGCCUUUUGAGCGAGGGAGUGGUUGGCUCCUUUGAUGUCACUGCAUUCUUCGACGCUCCCUCAUAAUUUCCUGCGGCGCUCUCUCCGUACCAGAGCCCCUGGGACAGUUAACGGCAACUUAACUUCUACCAGAUACUACUUCAGGCAGCUUGUUCAGACCCCCUUAGAAGUUCACAGGCGCAUAAAUUAGUGUAAUACACAACAGUUUUGACACUAUACAAGCAAAAUAUUGCCGUAGUAUAGAUUCGGUUCGUAUAGAGUUAUGAAAUAUUCUUUAAUUUAUUGUCUGAUUAUAGGUA